CCCGGGACUACCGGAAGCUGGGUCGUGGUCUUGUCGUCAUCGCGUCCUCCCCACGCCGAUUGGUUCUCAGCGCCCGCCCCGCUCGCGAGCCGCGGCUGUUGCCUUGGUGACGGAAGCGCCAUGGCCUGGCUGGAACUGGCGGCCGAGGGCGGCGGGAGGCGGCGGGUCGCGCUGUGCUCGCUGGCGGCGCUGGGCCUCCUGCUGCUGGGCGCGCUCACCUAUGUGCCGCCGCUGCUGGUGGCCUACCGGAGCCACGGCUUCUGGCUGCAGCGGAGCAGCUACGCGGAGCAGCCGAGCGUCCGCUUCCGGCACGAGGCGCUGCUGCUGCUGGGGCUGACGGAGGGCGGCGGCGGAGGCUUCGUGGGUUGGAGCUCCUUCCCGGCCUGCAAUCGCCUUCUAGGCGCCCGCCUACGCAUCCCGCUCGUCUCGGCUAGAGAGGAAGACACAAAUCAAGAUGGAAUAAUGGACCGAUUAGAUUUUCAACUAGAGGUUCCGCUACAGCCUACAGAGCAAGUAGUGGGAAUUCAGCUCAUUCUGACCUUUAGCUAUCAGUUGCAUAGAAUGUCUACGUUUGUGAUGCAGAGCAUGGCCUUUCUGCAGUCCUUUUCUCCGGUGCCAGGGACACGGGUCUUUGUGAGUGGAGACCUGAAGCUUCAUCAGAGGCAGCCGCUUAGUCACGCGGGGCUGGACAGCAGAUAUAAUGUGUCUGUGAUCAAUGGCACAAGCCCUUUUGCCCAGGACUAUGAUCUCAUUCACAUUGUUGCAGCCUAUCAGGAGAGAAACGUCACAACCAUUUUGUCUGGCCCCAGCCCCAUCUGGGUGGUUGGGAGAGUACCCAGUGAGCCGUUUGUGAUCCAGGCCAUCAUCCGCUACCCAGUGGAACUGAUUGUAUAUCAACCAGGCUUCUGGGAGAUGAUUAAGUUUGCCUGGAUUCAGUAUGUUGGCAUCCUCCUGAUCUUCCUUUGGAUUUUUGAAAGAAUCAAAAACUUCCUUUUCCGGAAUCAACUGAUAACGACAGUUCCAGUAUCACUGCUGUUGUCCUAUAAAGAGCAUCAGUCCUGAACAUUCUCCUAAAAAAACUUAAACUGCUCACAGGAUAAAGACAUUUCCCUCGCUCCCAACCUUGUCUUGUAACUGGAAGAUGGGGGUGGCACCAGUGCAUUUCGGAUCAUGUGCUAUGAUUGCUUCUUGCAAGAGUUGAACAAAUUGUAUUUCCAGUCAAGGGUUUCAGUCUGUGCUGUCUGAGCAGCAGGGUCCUGGGGGCAGGGAGUAUUUUGCUGUUUCAGUCACAAUCCGCACUUCGUGGCUGUAGCCGCUUCAGCUGGUAAAAGACAAGGUUUAUGUAUAAAGUUUUUAAAAUAAAUUUUACUGAUUGUG